AUAAUGUCAAUUUUCUGUUAUAGAUAUGGGGGAUAUAGCUGUCUUGACAAGACACUUGUAUAAGAGCUAUGGAAAAGGCAAAAACAAGCUGGAAGUCCUUCGGGAUCUUGACAUGACUGUAGCACGAGGAACAAUAUAUGGACUUCUUGGUCCAAGUGGUUGUGGGAAGACAACCCUGCUGAGAUGCAUUGUGGGAAGACUACAGGUUGAUUCUGGAAAUGUCAUUGUCCUUGGCAACAGACCAGGUGCCAGAGGACAUGGGGUCCCAGGACAUCUAGUGGGGUACAUGCCUCAAGAAAUAGCCUUAUUUUACAAAAUGACGAUCGGGGAGACCCUAUCUUAUUUUGGAAGAAUUCACAGGAUGUCUAGAAGUGACAGAAAAAGUAGAACGGAAUUCCUUCUCCAGUUCUUGACUCUUCCAGAAGCAAACAGACUCAUUGAAAAUUUAAGUGGUGGACAGAGAAGACGGGUAUCCUUGGCUGUCGCUUUACUGCAGGAGCCAGAGUUACUGAUUCUAGAUGAACCAACAGUAGGAGUGGAUCCAAUACUUAGAGAAAAAAUCUGGGGACAUUUACUGAAUAUUACAAGACAACUCAAUUCCAAAACGGCCAUCAUAAUUACCACACACUACAUAGAGGAGGCAAGGCAAGCAGACAAGGUUGGCUUGAUGAGAAAUGGAAAACUUCUUGCAGAAGAUUCACCAAAUACUUUAAUCAAUCUUUACAAAGAAGAUAGUUUGGAAACAAUAUUCCUGAAAUUGUGUCAUGCAGAUCAAAACACCCUCAGCAUGAAUCUUAUGAAGGAGAGCUACCAACCAAGUAAACCAGUUAUGAAAAUGGUAAACACUGGACAUGAGGCAGCAGGGGAAACUACUCCAUUACUCCUGCAUGACACCCAGAAUUUUGAUACAUUAGUACAGGUCCCAGAUGAGUGUCAGUGUCCAGUAGGGUUACCGUCUCCUAGAAAUAUAUUUACCCAGUUCCUAAAGAAUAUCAUAUUUAUGAAGAGAAAUAUAGGGUUUCUUUUGUUCCAGUUUAUUCUGCCGUCUAUACAAAUCAUUCUGUUUUGUCUGUGUAUUGGAAGCCCUCCAUAUGGAUUAAAAAUGGCUGUUGUUAACAAUGAAACACAAGGACUUGGGCAGCUAUUUAUCUGGGAACUGGACAAUGAAACCAUUAGUAAGGUGAUGUACAAGGACAUGAAUGCAGCUUUAGAUUCAGUAAAACGAGGAGAUACUUGGGGUGUCAUUGGAAUAGGGGAGAACUUUACCCAAGACUUACUCACCAGAUUUACCAAUAUAUCAGGUGUGGACAAUAAGACCAUUGAGGGAAGCUGUAUACAGCUAUAUCUAGAUACCACCAACCAGCAAAUAACAUUAGAGAUAGAGCAGUCUAUUACUAGUUCAUUCCAAGCAUUUUCUGAAGUAUUACUACAAACCUUCAGUCUGAAUCCCAACCUAGGACAGCUUCCUAUUAAGAUAAAUGAUCCUAUUUAUGGUAGCAAGGAUCCCAACUUCAGAAACUUUAUAGCCCCUGGAAUAAUACUCAGCAUCACUUUUUUCAUGGCCACUGGACUAACAACUUUGGCAUUUGUGAUUGAGAAGAAGGAGGGUCUGUUAGAUCGGAGUUUGACUGCCGGAAUGUCUGCCUUUGAGAUUCUGCUAGCCCAUGUCUUUACACAGCUCUUUGUCCUAGUUGUGCAGGUUGCCCUAGUCAUGGUGUUUGCUCUGGCAGUUUUCGAGGUUCCCUACAAGGGCCCCCUGAUUUGGGUCAUUUUACUGGUCAUGGGUCAAGGAUUCUGUGGAAUGACCUUAGGUGUGAUAUUCUCAGCAGUCUGUGAAAAUGAGUCCUCUGCAAUACAAUUGGCACUGGGCUCUGUGUAUCCUAUGUUACUUCUCAGUGGUAUAAUAUGGCCCAUUGAGGCUAUUCCUGAGUGGCUGAGGUACAUCAGUAUAUGUCUCCCUCAGACCUACGCUGCAGAAGCCAUGAGAUGUAUUUUAAGUAGAGGUUGGACGCUGUUAGAUAUGCCUGUAUGGAGGGGGUACCUUGUCAACACGGCCUGGAGUUUUGGUCUUCUGGCUCUGGCAGGAAUCAUCCUUAAAAUCAAGAGCUAAACCAGGAGAUUAUCAUUGACAGAUUAUAUACAAAAUAAUCAAUCAGUGAGAGAAUAUACAAAAAAAUUAAUCAGAAGAUUACAUGUGUCACUGACUGAUUAUGCAAAAAAAAUUCCUGGUAGGAGAUUAACACGAACAAUAGGAGAUUAACACUGACAAUAGGAGAUUAAACACUGACAAUCAGGAGAUUAAUGCUGACAAUCAGGAGAUUAGUGCUGACAAUCAGGAGAUUAGUGCUGACAAUCAGGAGAUUAAAACUGAUAGUUUAUACAAUCAAUUCUUAAUCAGUCCUUUGUUGUCUUUUUUGUUAUACCUGUGCAAGUACACAGAUUUGUUUUUUUUUAUUUUACAUUAAAUUUUGUAUUUCUUAGUAUAUACACAUUAUUAAUAUAUGUAUUUCUUAUUGCAAUCAUUUCUUUUUCAAUAUUUUUAUUGGUUGAUUUUGUUUUUUCAAUAUGAAUAUAUUUCAAGAAGUUGUCCCUACUCCAUUUAGAGAUUUUUAAUCAGCAUAAAUCAACCAUUUAAGCCUGGGUCAAGUUUUCAUGGUAUUAAGAAAUAAAACCCCUGUAUUGGGUUCAUGAGAAUUUGAUUUUAUGGUUAAAGAAGUGAUGAUAAACAAACAUGAUACUGCACAUCCUUUGAAAUUCCAACAUACCAUGGACACUUGUGUUCCCAUGCAAUUUUUUUCAGAUUACUGAAGCAUACCUUUUAUAAUUUGUAGAUAUAUAAAUGCUAAUUUUGUUUCCCCAAAAAUUUGUCUGGAAGUUGAAGCAUCUGGAAAUAUUGGAUCCGGAUUAACAAGGCUUCAGUGUUUUUUGAAUUAAGCAUUCUCAGCCACCACAUUGUGCAAUAAUAAUAAUUAUAAUAAUGAAUAAUAUUAUAUAAGAAGAUUAUUUUCGUAAUUUUAAUUGGCUGAAAAGACGUCAUAUGAUAUAGGGGAUUCAAGUUUGUUCAGAUGAAGGACCACGCCUUCUUCAAAGGGGAGAUAAUUAUGAUUUCCUGAAAAAUUAAUGGCAUUAUUAAAAAAUCUUCUCAAGAACCACUGUGCUUGAAAACAUGAAACUAAUGUGGAAUCAUUGUGAGGUAGUGUAGAUUCAAAUAUGUUCAAAUCAUGACCCCUGGGGGUAGGGUGGGGCCACAAUGGGAGAUCAAAGUUUUACAUAGGAAUACAUAAGAAAAAUCUUUAAAAAUCUUCUCAAGAACAGCAAAGCCAUGAUUAGUCAUAUUUAAUUGGAAGGAUCCUCAGGUAGUGUAGAUUCAAGUUUGUUCAAAUCAUGACACCCAUGGGUAGGGUGGGGCCACUAUGAGGGAUCAAAUUUUAAAUAGGAAUACAUUGGAAUAUUUUUUUAAAUUCUUCUCUUCAGGAACAGCAAAGUCAUGAUUAACCUUAUUUGUAAGGAAGCAUACUCAGGUAUUGUAGGUUCAGUUUUAUUCAAAUCAUGACCCCCGAGGAUAGGGUGGGGCAACUACUUUAACAAAUUUAUACUUAGGAAAAAUCUUGAAAAUUCUUAUCACAACCAGCAGUCAUGGUUAAUCGUAUUUGUAUGGAAGUAUCCUCAAGUAGUGUAGAUUCAAUUUUGUUCAAAUCAUGACCCCAAGUGGUAGGGUGGGGCCACUAUAGGCAAACAAAGUUUUACAUAGGAAUAUAUAGGAAAAAUCUUGAAAAUUCAUCUUCUAAAGAAUGGCAAAGUCAUAAUAAGUCGUAUUUAUAUGGAAGCAUCCUCAAGUAGUGUAGAUUCAAAUUUGUUCCAAUCAUGACCCUGGCUGUAGGGUGGGGCCAUGAUGGGCAGUCAAAUUUUGAAUAGAAAUAUGUAGGACAGCAAAGCCAUGAUUAGUCAUAUAUGGAAGUCUCCUCAGAUUCAAGUUUGUUCAAAUCAUGACAUCUGGUGGUAGGGUGGGGCUACAAUAUAUUAUCUUAAUUUUGCAAGGGAAAAAUCUUAUGAAGAAUGAAAGGGUCGUAGUUACUCAGGUGAGCACUGUAGCCCAUGGGUCUCUUGUACUGUACGCUAUACGUAACAUGAAAGAGAGAUAACUCUAGCUGUUCCAAGUUCUCCAUUUAUAUUUCUUUUAGUAUAAAUAGGUUGUCAUAGUCAAUAUAAAGUCAAAUGAAUAGUCCCUAUGAAGUCAGACAAAUACAACUGAACUUAAACAGUGAAUUGAAAGUCUCAAUUUCCUUUUUUUUGUUUUUGUUUUUUUGUUUUUAGUUAUUUUAACCUGUGUAUUUUUUCCUCAGCCCAAUCAAGUUUGAGAUUAUGAGAUCUGUCUUUAGGUUGAUAUAGUCCCUAUGAUGUUAUGGUUAUGACUUCCUCUUUAUAUUUUUUGUUUUGCAUACAAUUUUCUGUAAGGCCACUAGCACUAGUUCAGUACAAUUUAAUAGUUACUUUUUACAACAUGGUCCUGUCAUUUUUUCUUGGACCAUUCAGAUACCAGUAAUUUAUAUUCUAAGCUUUAAAAACAUAUUUCUUUGUUCUAUGUGAUGAAAUCACGCAUAUAUAACAAAGUAUUUACAAAAUCCAGGGAUGUGGUAUAUAUGUUACUGUAUAAAUUAAUUUUUAACUUGAAGUUUCAAAAAACUCAAAUUUUAAUUCAUUGUGUGUUUAGCUUGAGCUGUGAUAAGAGAUACUUGUAUCUAGUACAUUCCCAACAAAAUAUAACAAUUGUUGCAAUAUUUGUUUUAAUAGCAACAAAAGAACAUCAAUUUUUUUUCAUUUUUCAUUGCUUACAUUUGCUUUAUAAAAUAUGUACAAGGAGUUGGACAGAUACAAUUUUGUGGUGUGAUAAAUGUCAACACUUUUGAUCAAACUGUGAUAUCAAUCAUAAUGGUGGUGUUUUUUUAGCAAAUGUUAAUUAAGUGGUGUUUUGUAUUACAAUAAUGAAGAACUUUCAUAUACCAGUAUAUCAGAAGAGAAAAAUAUUCUGGUUAUAGACUUAAUUUUUACAUUAAGUGUAUGUGUUAAUGUGUAGCUAUUUACUUCUUAUGAGAAAAAGUCAUCACAUGAUCUAUUGCUCA